CUCUUUUGCCUUGUGGAUUCGCUGCGAAUAAGACCCCUGUACCAUGCCGCAAGAAACGGACAGCCGCCAUGGGGUAAUUUCUUCAUGAAGAUGCGCAGGCAAUACACAGCUGUGUGUGGGCACUUCUGCCUGCACUUCCGCCCCUCUGUCCUUGCCCUCAGGCCGUCCCUCGAUUACUUCGCUGCAAAUCUCGCCCAUUUGCACUGCUGGCUGCCCUCGCGACGGUCCUCCUGUGCGCCGAUGCAGCCAACAAGCAGGAGAAGCGUCCAUCUGGCAGCCUGGAGGCGCCACACGAUGCGGCCCGAAGAGCCAUGGCCACAGACCAGACGACCGACACCAAAACGGGUUCCUCGGCGCUGCUCGAGGAAGCCAUGAUGGGUUCAGCCCGGCUGGACGCCGAGGCCCACAGGCUGUCGAGGGCGAUGAGGAGGGGUGGGGCGGUGGUAUCUGUGUCUUAUGAGAGCUUCCUCUAUCCGCUGUUCAAGUCCAUCAACAACGGCACCACUGAGGGACUCGCGAAGCUGCUGGAAGAGGCGGAGAAGUCACAGCAGUCACAUGGCAGCAGCGCCCUCGAGCUGGGGCAGAUGCGCGAGGACGAGUGGCGGGACCUCAAGUCCAGCAGAGGGGAGGGCUGGGUCGACCACGGCCUUGACAACGUGCUGGUGCUGCUCAUCACACACAGGGACGGCUUUCUCAGCGAUAGAGAGCGGGUCAUGCGAACGUGGGGCAAGCACUGCCCCCAUCUGCUGACCGUCUUGGGUGUCAUGCCUGAGAUUCCCGACGGGAGGAAGGGCCAGGUGACGGACGUGGAGAAGGUGCACCUGGUGGGAGGGGAUAUAGAUGGGUAUAAGGCGUUGUACAAGAAGAUGCUCAAGACGUACAUGUGGCUGUGCGGGGCGGAGGAAGCUAAGCCCUACAGCUGGUUCAUCAAGGUGGGCGACCAGUGCAAAAGAAAGAACACAGCGAGAGGAGGCUUUCUGUGUACAUAUCUAUGGAUGUGCUUGUUGGUUUCCGACAGUUCGACACGGACGCCUUCUUAGUGACGUACAAUCUCGCAGCCGCACUAAACGCAUUCGACAGCCCCGACACAAAGGUACGUCAGUCAGAUCAACACAACACAGCCAAUUCCCUCACACGCGCCUCUAUGUCUUGUGUGUAUGUGCCCCUCACCUCCUGUCUGUCAGCCGUACUACGUCGGGCAGCGGAUGCUCUACAAGGGCAAAGACUACGCCAGCGGAGGAGCAGGUCCAACCAACAUGCCGCCCGCACAGGCCACUACCACCACCACCACAACACACACACACACACAUCUGUGUCUGUCUUUUCCUGCCUGCCUGCGUGCCUGUGUGUAGGUUACAUGAUGUCCAAGGGCCUGAUGGCCACCAUGUGCCAGCCCCCCGUGUCAGGAGGGGUCGGCUCCAGUGGCUGGGAGAACUGCUACCUGCAAGACCUUGAGACGCUCGACUUCUGGGUGGGGGCCGAGUAUUGGGGGCGGCCUGAAGACCUCUACAUCGGCCUCUGCAUACAGAAACACGCAGGUGGGGUGAGGACCGACCGGGCCGCGUCAAGUCGUCAACUGGCUGUGUGGUGUGUGUGGUGUGUGCAGGUGUGCAGGUGACCUCUGUGGCGGGGUUUGACUCCUCCCGGCCGCAGUGGGCGGAGAGGGACGAGAAUGAGUUUUAUCGUAUGCGGAGCCUGCAGCAGCCACCGGUCAUCACCCUUCACUACAUCACCAAGCUGUUCUUCUACCAGCUCUAUGCGGCCUUUUAUUGACCACGAGAAGAAUCAUUUGUGGUGCUGUUGUGUGCGUGGUUUGAAGUGUGUGUGUCUGUGUGUGUGUGUGUGUGUCUUUGUGUACGUGACGGACAGCGGCCUACCUACAGCUGUACAUAUGUGAGGGCUGAUGGCGAUGAGUGAGUGCAUAUUGGGGGGGGUUAUUGAGCACAAUUAAUUGCAAAGGCAUUACAUAGUAAUCUUCUGACGAAUGGACGGACCAUUGGAUGGAUGGAUGGAUGGCAAAUGACAACAAGAAAGGAGACACUGCAUCGAUCCUGUAGUCUGCUCAUCAGCC